AUGUUGACUCUGCCGACCAUUUCACGGACCCCGACGCAUCACGUCUUCCUCGUCCAGGAUGAUAUCCAAGCCUUUCUGAAUCACGACCUGGAUCUCAGUCGCGUCAACAAAAUCCACCAUCUACUGUGGAUGGCUGGCCGACCGAUGAAUGCUCGUCCCUUGCAGCGGCAGAAAAUGGAGGGCUACGAGAUCGUGCCGACCGAGCGCGCCGACCUGCAUCUGCUGAAAUUCUCAACGAGCCUACUCAUCAAGCCUCUGCCGGAGUAUCUGCUCUCACACCGCUUCUGGACGCGGUAUCUCUGCCCCUCCAAGACCCUGCAUGAAUCCGCCUGCGGACUGCUCCUGUCGUACAUGUGGCUGGUCUGUACACCGCUAGACUUGCGUCUCGCACAGGAGCACCAUCUACUCCCUCAGGAGAUCACCUGGCUGGCGUGGAGGGACCUGAUCGCCUCGUUCUACGCGCAUGUCGACGUCAACGCCCUGGAUCAGGUCAAUCCGCGCUAUCACUUUGGCGAACUGCGCCUGGGCCGCAUCAACACCAUCUACCGCGUGCGUUUCUUCCUGUCGCACUUCAUCCGCGGGUAUCUGUACGGGUACAACCGCUACGUAGUCUUCUAUGAGCGCAACUUCGCCUGGAUGCUGAUGAUUUUUGCGACGUUCUCGCUGGUUCUGUCGGCCAUGCAGGUGGCGGCGGACGUGCCGCGCCUAAACGACAGUGUGGCCUUCCAGAAUACGACUUACGGCGUGGUUAUCUUUUCGAUCGUCAUCGUUGCGGUGUUUCUGGGCGUGCUGGGGGUUUUAUUCGGAGCUAUCUACCUGUUCAACAUGGUUGCAGCCAUCUCGCACUGUCGCACGGAGCGGUGCCGGCGGGAGCGAUUAUCCAAGGAGCGGAAAGCGAGGAGUAGUUGA